AUGUCUAACAAAGAAGAAAAGGUUUAUUUAAGUGAUAAAGAUCAUACAGUUCUACAUACUGAAGGAGAAAUGUUAAAUGACAAUCAUAUUACUAAAUUUGAAAAGUUGUUAAGAAGAGAAUCAAAUUUAGCAUUUAACAUGCAAAGUACUUUAUAUUUAAUUACGCCUGAAUUCAUUAUUCCGAUUGAUAAAAAUCAGAAGCACAUUCAAAUACUUUUUAGUGGUGCUUGCAAAUCUGGUCAAUGGAUUUGUACUUAUUAUGAUGGAUUAAGGCUAUAUAUUUAUAACAGUCUUAAUAAGGGAUACUUAAAUGAAGAUCAAAAAAAAUAUUUACUUAGAUUAUAUCCUUUCAAACCACCGGUAGUUUUUUCAACUGUUAAUCUACAGCCGAAUGGAAUUGACUGUGGCAUAUAUGCAAUAGCGUUUGCAACAUCUUUAUAUUACAAUGAAUUGCCAAAUACUGUUAAUUAUAUUCAUAGUGAAAUAAGACGACAUCUAAUUUUUAUGUUUGAAAAUAAUCGUUUAAUUUCAUUUCCUUCCGUGGAAUUGACAAAUGUUAUUAGACCUUUUUUUGUUGAGUAUGAUUGGAAAUGUCUUUUAACGGAUGGAGCUACAAAACUCAUAGAAAUACCAAACUUGUCUUCCAUUUGUGAAACUAGUAUCAGUAUUAGUAAUAAUAAUGUGAAUAGAGGUAUAUCUACAGAAUAUUCAGAGGAGAAGCUUAAUAAAAAUGAAAACGAUGAGAAAAAGAGACAUCGAGCAAUAAAAGAUAAGGAGAGGAAAAGGGAGGAAAGGCUCAAAGAAACAGAUGAACAGAAAAUAAUCAGACUAGAAAAUGAUAGACUGAGAAAACAAAUAGAAAAUGAAACAAAAGAUCCACAAAAUUUAAGUGAUGAAGAUUAUAAAAUUUUAAAUACUGAAGGAAAAAAGUUAAAUGACAAUCAUAUUACUGAAUUUGAAAAAUUGCUGAGAAAGGAAUCAGACAAGGACAAGGACAAGGAGAGGAAAAGGAAGGCAAGUUCGUGUGCAUUUGCUAGCAUGGGAGCUAAAUUAGAAGUUCCAAAAGGAUAUGGUCCUUAUGUUUUUCGUAUACAUGGACAAGUGUAUCAUAAUACAUACACUCUUCAUCCUGAUGAUGGAGAUAAUCGAAAAUAUGGUCAAUUGUAUAUUCUUGAUACUGACGAAGCGGUGAUGGAACGAUUGAAUAAUGAAUGUAAUAAAAAGUGUUUGCAAUUACUAAUGACUGAAAUAGAUAUUUUACUAGGAGAUAUUAAUAUUUAUGCAAAGUCAUUUAAAAUGAUGAAAGAAUUUGAAUUGGAAGAAGAAGCAAGGGCAAAAUUAAUGAAUGAGUGUCCGAGAAGUAUUCAAAUGUGGUUUAAACGUGAUAGAAAAUUUUCUCAAAGCAAAUAUAAUGUUCCGUCUUGCAAUGAAGUAGCAGUCAUAUUUGUUAGCGAAAAUGGUGAACCUCCAAUUGAACGUGAUAUAUGUAUUCACCCAAGGGGUUCUAAAAGUAUUCCAAUUAGUAGUCUUAGCACACAUGCUGAUCCUAUGACAUAUCCUUUAAUGUUUCCGUCAGGUGAUCCAGGAUGGACUGUAAAUAUGAAACAUACUGAUGGUAAAAAACUGCAAGCAGAAAUGUACUGUGGAUUAAUGGAUUAUAUCAAUAAUAAAGCAACAGAAGAAAAUAUUCGACCAGGAAAAAUGAUUAUUUUACCUUCUACAUUUACUGGAGGACCACGUGCUUAUCAACAAUGUUUUAUGGACGCUAUGCGAUUAGUUCAAGAAUUUGGAAAACCAGAUUUAUUUAUUACAAUGACAUGUAAUCCAAAAUGGCCUGAGAUUAUGGAAAAUUUGUUGGAUUCGGAAACUGCAUCUGACCGACCAGAUAUUGUUGCCCGAGUUUUCCAAAAGAAAGUAAAAGAAUUAAUGUGUGAAUUAAAAGAUAAACAAAUUUUUGGUCCAGUCAUUGCUUAUGUAUAUGUAAUAGAAUUUCAAAAGCGUGGAUUGCCUCAUGUACAUUCAAUAAUUUUUUUAGAUAAAAAGUUUGCUAUUCGUGAUGCAGAAACUGCAGAUAAAAUAAUAUGUGCAGAAAUUCCUGAUGAGAAAAAGAAUCCAGAACUUUAUAAAAUUGUGAAACAGUUUCAAGUUCAUGGACCUUGUGGAAAGCAAAAUGGACAUGAUUAUGCAAUAGUUGGUUAUAAAGAUGAUAAUCAAGUAAUCCAUUAUGAUGAAAUUCAAAAUUAUUUAAAUACACGGUAUGUGUGUCCACCAGAAGCAAUGCAUAGACUUUAUGAAUUUAAUAUGCACGAGCAAUCACAUGCAACAUAUAGACUAGCUGUACAUUUGCCUAAUCAACAAUCAAUAUGUUUUCAAGAAGGAAUGGAACAAACUGCAAUUGAGAAAUUUAAAAAUACAAUGUUGACAGCAUGGUUUCAGUUAAAUAGACAAGAUCCUGAGGCACGCAAAUAUUUGUACUCUGAAAUACCACAUAAGUAUGUUUUUGUUGAGUCAACUAAAACUUGGAAAAAACGAGAACGAAUUACAAAACCUAUAAUUUGUCGAAUGUAUUUUGUAAGUCCAAAAGACAUUGAAAGAUAUUUUUUGAGAAUUUUACUACUUUAUGUACGCGGUGCUAAAUCGUUUGAAGAUGUGAGAACAUAUGAAGGUAUUACAUAUAAUACUUAUAUAGAAGCAGCACGUGCAAGAAAUUUGAUGGUAGACGAUAACGAGUGGGAUAAUUGUUUGACUGAAGCUGUGAGUAUGAAAUUUCCUAAAGAACUAUGUCGUUUAUUCGCAUAUAUAUGUGUGUUUGGUUUGCCUGUAAAUGCUGUUGAUUUAUGGAAUAAGUUUAAAGAACACAUGGUUUUCGAUAAUAAUUUACCUGUGGAAAUAUCGCUUCAAAAAUCAUUACUUUUAAUUAAUGAAGUAUUUAAUUUUCAUGGAUUUACAUUACAUCAAUUUGGUUUACCAAACAUCGAUCUGAAAAUUCUUGAAGAUUAUAGUUCUGUUGAUAAGGAAGAUAAUGCGUUAACAUUACAAUUGCUAAAAGAAGAAGCUAAUAAUCUUAUUGAAAGUUUGAAUGAUGAACAACGGCAAGUUUUUAAUGAUGUUAUGACGGCCGUACAUAAUGAUGAAUAUGAUAGUAGAUAUUUUUUUCUUGAUGGGCCUGGAGGAAGUGGUAAAAGCUAUUUACACAAUACUAUUAUUACUACAGUCGAAAGUGAGGAAAUAGUAGUUUUAUCAGUUGCUUGGACUGGUAUAGCGGCUAAUCUUCUAAAAGGAGGACGAACGUCACAUUCUAUGUUUAAAUUCCCUAUACCAAUCAAUGAAGAUUCAACAUGUAAUAUAAGUGGAAUGUCGAAACAUGCUGAACUUUUAAAGAGUGCAAAAAUUAUUAUUUGGGAUGAAAUUUCAAUGACCCCAAAAUAUGCUUUACAAGCAAUGGAAUCCAUGUUAAGAGAUAUUACAAAAUGUAAUAAACCGUUUGGAGGUAAAGUUAUUUUGCUUUCAGGUGAUUUUAGGCAAACUUUGCCAAUUGUUCCGCAUGGUAGUCGCACUCAUAUUGUUGAGGUUUGUGUAAAAAAUAGUAAAUUGUGGCAAUACUUUGAAACUAGAUCUUUAAAUGUUAACGUUAGAUUACAUGAUAAUCAAGUAGAGUUUUCAAAUUGGUUAUUGAAUGUUGGUGAUGGCAAACCUCAAAGUACGUUUGAAAAAGAAAAUGAUGUAUUAGAAAUUCCACAAGAUUUGAUAUCGAAUGGAAAUUUAAUUGAUGAAAUAUAUGGAUCAUCGAUAAAUCCAAAUGAUGUGAAUGUUUAUUCUUCUUGUAUUCUUUCAUUGACUAAUUCAGAAGUAUUAGACAUGAAUGAUCGUAUUUUGUCAAAACUAGAAGGAGAAGAAGUAAUUUAUUACAGUGUUGAUUCACAUAUAGCUGAUGAUGAUGAAAAAAAUGCUCGGGAAGCAGUUCCUAUGCCACUAUUAAGUGUGUUGGUUGUGACCCGUGAGGUGAAACGGGCUAAUGAUGGACAGAUUCAUCAGGAGGACAUUGAAGAGGAAGUAUAG